GCUCCGCGGAGACGCGCACGGGAGGGAAGUGGAAAGGCGGAAGAAAGGACGUUGAAUAAACUUGCCAACUUCUAGCCGAGCAGCUAGAAACACAGUCAGAGAACUGUUAUGUUACAGAAGAACUGUUUACUUAUUUCUACACAGAUAUUCUGUUAGCUCACCCACCGGCCUGUCUGCGCAAAGAUAUCUGAGCUUUACUCUGCUAACACCUCCACUCACCGACACGGGACUCCAGCAGUUUUCAAACAGACGACCCGGAGCCGUCCCGCGUCACAAAGUCACAUUUAGCUGCUGUGAAAGUGCUGUGAUAACCGGAACAUUGUAAUAACGGAAACCACACACAGACACACAUAUAAACACACAUACACACCAGCGGGAUUCGGGCUGUUCCUCCUCGUGGGGAAAAGUUGUACGAGGGUCGGCGGUCUGUGGUGGAGCCGCGAGGCCUGUAGUCAGGAGGCUGCAUGUGUGAAGUGUGUCGCUGCCUGGGAGUUAGCUAAACCUGCAGAAACAUGUCGGCCCAGGCUCAGAUGAGAGCGAUGCUGGACCAGCUCAUGGGGACGGGGAGAGACGGAGAUUCCAUGCGGCAGAGAAUCAAGUUCUCAGAUGAGCGAGUCUGCAAAAGUCACCUCCUGGAUUCAUGCCCCCAUGAUAUACUGUGUGGCACUAGAAUGGACCUGGGAGAGUGUAUGAAGGUCCACGACUUGGCCCUGAGAGCAGACUACGAGAUCGCUUCUAAGGAGCAGGAGUACUUCUUUGAACUUGAUGCUGCAGAACAUCUUCAGUCCUUCAUCGCUGACUGCGACCGCAGGACUGAGCUGGCUAAGAAGAGACUAGUGGAGACGCAGGAUGAGAUCAGCGCUGAAGUGGCUGCAAAGGCUGAACGCGUCCACGAGCUGAACGAAGAGAUCGGGAAGCUGCUGGCCCGGGCGGAGCAGCUCGGGGGCGAAGGGAACGUAGACGAAGCCCAGGAGGUGCUGGAAAUGGUGGAGAAGACCCGCGGCUUAAAGAAAGAAGCAGAGGAUGUCUACAGAAACUCGAUGCCAGCCUCCAGCUUUCAACAACAGAAACUCAGGGUGUGCGAGGUGUGCUCUGCCUACCUCGGUCUUCACGACAACGAUCGUCGUCUAGCUGACCACUUUGGGGGCAAACUGCACAUCGGCUUCAUAGAAAUCCGUGAGAAGCUUGAAAAGCUUAGGAAAGCAGUAAUAGAGAAACAAGAAAGAAUGCGAACAAGAAGACGAGAGGAACGUGAAAAAGAUGACGAAAAAGAGCGGGAGUGGGAGGUGGAGCGGGAAAAAGAGCGGGAGCAGGAACGAGAGCAAACCUGGGAGAGAGAAAGGGAGAAGGAGCGGAGAAGGUCGAGAUCUAGAAGUGGAGAACGCUACAGGGACGGGGGAACUUCGUCCUCACACCAUUCAAGACGCCACCGCUCCUCUCGCUCCAGAGAAGAAGCUGGAGAUCGAGCCGUGGAUCGCAGUGGAGAGCGGCCCGUGGAUCGCAGUGGAGAGCGGCCCGUGGAUCGCAGUGGAGAGCGGCCCGUGGAUCGCAGUGGAGAGCGGCCCGUGGAUCGCAGUGGAGAGCGGCCCGUGGAUCGCAGUGGAGAGCGGCCCGUGGAUCGCAGUGGAGAGCGGGCCGUGGAUCGCAGUGGAGAGCGGGCCGUGGGAGAUCGGGCCGUGGGAGAUCGGGCCGUGGAUCGCAGUGGAGAUCGGGCCGUGGGAGAUCGGGCCGUGGAUCGCAGUGGAGAUCGGGCCGUGGAUCGCAGUGGAGAUCGGGCCGUGGAUCGCAGUGGAGAUCGGGCCGGGGAACGGAGUGGAGAUCGGGAUCGAGAGAGGAAACAUCGACACAAGGAGCGGCAUCGCUCACGCUCCCACUCUCACAGGAGCAAAAGGAAGAGGUCCUCCAGAGAAAGGUCAUCUCACACUCGCGACGGAGAGCCCUCGCCGUCCCAGGACAAGGGGAGAGUGGGUGCAGCGGUGGAGGGUUGGCGUGAGGACAAGGCGGAGAGCGGCGAGUGGGAAGACAGGGAGAAGUCCCCCCCCACUGUAGACACAGCCAGGAACGAGAGGGAACGAGAGAGAUCCCUGUCCUUAGAGCGGGACCGGCGUUCCAGCUCCGGGGAGCGAGAGUCCGGCGAAAUAUGAACAGGAAGCCUCCAAUGUCUUUGAUUUGGAUACAUAAUUACUGAAAAGAGCAUGGAGAGAUGAGUGUGUCGGAGUGAAUGUGUGUUCAUGUUAAAAGUGGGACAUUAGCCGGGGUGGAUGGUGGAAACUUUACAUGGGAAUGAGGGAACAACUUCAGCGGUGGUGGUCAACGAGACAUUUAAAUCCAACUUUUAUAAGACUGAUGUGUGAGGCUGGUGUGACCCGGAAGCAGACAUUUUUUUUAUGCCAUCUUGUCGAUCUUAUGUACAGUUAUUUUGACAGAGUGAAGAGACAGCAGUCAUACUUUGAGUCUGUUUUUAUUUUACACUCAUGAGGUGCUGUUAUUUUUUUAUUAUUAGUUAGUACUUCGAUGUUGACAAUGUUUUUUUCCUGUUCCUUUUAGGAAUCAGUUUCAGUAGCUGUGGUUUCCUUUACACGGGGUGACCUCAUUAGCGUGGCGUCCCUCAGUAAUGUUUUAAAUGAGCUGUGAAUGACUGAAGGCUCCUCUGAUGUUUGUGUUUUAUUCGCUGCCUUCAAGCCAUAACAAUCUCAUUUGGGAAAUCCGACACAUCACCAAGAAUGCAUUUAACUUGCAGUGAUAAGCCCGUGCUUUGAAAACGAACUCACUUGUCCCCACUGAAAGAAUAAUCCAAAUAUUUCCGCUCAGUUCCUGAUUUGUGAAUGCAUAAACAUGAUGUGCAUAUUUGCAGACUGACACUUAAAGGCCCAGGGACUUGUGUCCUGUUUGCUGUGAUACAACCUGGAAGUAUAUGGGGAAUUAAUCUACUUUGCUGUGCCACCAUUAUAAAAAUAAAAUGUUCUGCUUCUAUUCACA